AUGUUCGUCUACAAGCGAGAUGGCCGCAAAGAGCGGGUUCAAUUCGACAAGAUCACAGCGCGAGUGUCGCGGUUAUGUUACGGACUGGAUCCAGAACACGUCGAUGCCGCAGCCAUUACUCAGAAAGUCAUAUCUGGUGUGUACCAGGGUGUGACAACUAUCGAACUCGACAAUUUGGCUGCUGAGACAGCCGCUUAUAUGACCGUCAUCCAUCCAGAUUAUGCUGUUCUUGCAGCACGUAUUGCUGUUUCGAAUUUACACAAGCAGACCAAGAAACAAUUCAGUGCAGUCAUCAAGGACCUGUACGACUAUGUGAACCCCAAAAACGGAAAGCCCUCUCCUAUGAUAUCACAGGAGACCUACGAGUGCGUGAUGAAACACGCGGAUGAGCUCAACUCUGCUAUUGUAUAUGAUCGAGAUUUCAACUACCAAUACUUUGGCUUCAAGACGCUGGAGAAAUCAUAUCUGCUCAAAUACAACAAGAAGAUCUGGGAACGACCACAACACAUGUUGAUGAGAGUCGCUGUCGGUAUCCAUGGCAACGACAUUGAAAGUGCCAUUGAGACCUACAACCUUAUGUCUCAGAAGACCUUCACCCAUGCAUCCCCUACUCUCUUUAACGCAGGCACGCCACAUGCACAGAUGUCCUCGUGUUUCUUGAUAGACAUGAAGGACGACUCUAUUGAGGGCAUUUACGACACUUUGAAGAUCUGCGCCAUGAUCUCAAAGAAUGCUGGUGGCAUUGGUUUGAACGUUCACAAGAUCAGAGCCACAGGAUCGUAUAUUGCUGGCACAAACGGCACAUCCAAUGGUCUCGUUCCCAUGCUUCGAGUCUUUGACAACACUGCUCGAUACGUCGACCAGGGUGGCAACAAGCGUCCUGGAGCUUUCGCUAUCUACAUCGAACCUUGGCACGCUGACAUCUUCGAGUGGCUAAACCUUCGCAAGAACCAUGGAAAGGAGGAAGUACGUGCGCGUGACUUGUUCUACGCUUUGUGGACACCGGAUCUCUUCAUGAAGCGUGUUGAAAAGAACCAGGACUGGACACUCUUCUGCCCUAACGAGGCUCCGGGUCUCUCUGAUUGUUACGGUGAGGAGUUCGAGGCCCUCUUCGAGAAGUACGAAAAAGAAGGUCGUGGCCGACAGACGUUCAAGGCUCAAAAGCUGUGGUACGCCAUUUUGGAGGCACAAACCGAAACUGGUAAUCCUUUCAUGCUUUACAAGGAUGCCUGCAAUAAGAAGAGCAACCAGAAGAACCUGGGCACGAUCAAAUCCUCCAAUCUCUGCACCGAGAUCAUCGAAUACACUGCACCUGAUGAGGUCGCUGUUUGCAAUCUUGCUUCGGUCUCGCUCCCAUCUUUCGUUGAUCAGGCUGAAAGUACAUACGACUUUGGACGACUUCACGAGGUUGUACAGGUCAUGACGAGAAAUCUGAACAAGAUCAUUGAGAUCAACUACUACCCAGUGCAGGAGGCUCGCAAGAGUAACUUCCGACAUCGACCAAUUGGUCUUGGUGUACAAGGUCUUGCUGAUGCUUUCCUGGCCCUUCGACUGCCGUUCGAAUCGCCAGAAGCACGUCGACUCAACGUCCAGAUCUUCGAGACAAUCUACCACGCAGCACUGACUGCUUCUUGUGAUCUUGCAAAGCAGUUGGGCCCAUACGAGACAUACGAAGGCUCACCAAUCUCUCAAGGCCAGCUGCAAUAUGAUCUCUGGGGCGUGACUCCAUCUGAUCUUUGGGAUUGGGGUUCUCUGAAGGACAAGAUCGCCAAGUAUGGUGUUCGAAAUUCUUUGCUAGUUGCACCAAUGCCAACUGCUUCAACAUCACAGAUCCUUGGCAACAAUGAAUGCUUCGAACCAUACACGUCGAACAUCUAUUCGAGGCGUGUGCUGGCUGGCGAGUUCCAGGUUGUCAACCCUUGGCUACUCAAAGACCUGGUCGAUCUCGGUCUCUGGUCAGAUAAUAUGAAGAACAGAAUCAUUGCUGAUGGUGGCUCAAUUCAGAACAUUCCCAAUAUUCCAGCCGAGAUCAAAGCGCUGUACAAGACAGUAUGGGAGAUCUCGCAGAGGACAAUCAUCCAGAUGGCUGCCGAUCGAGGUGCAUUCAUUGAUCAGUCUCAGUCGCUUAACAUACAUCUUAAGGAGCCUACCAUGGGCAAGAUUACCUCUAUGCAUUUCGCUGGCUGGAAGUUGGGCCUUAAGACUGGCAUGUACUAUCUGAGAACCAUGGCUGCUUCUGCUCCCAUUCAGUUCACUGUCGAUCAGGAACAGCUCAAGGUCGUUGACACCAACGCGGCUCGAUCUGCUCCCAAGAAGCGGAGCUCUAUCGGCUAUGGUGGUUCGUAUACUGCUGCACCCCGACCCAUGUAUCAACAGAAGAACAGCUCAUCACAGUACAUGAAUACUCCUACCGGCAUUCCGACCCCCACAGCCACGCCCCCAGUUGACUCCGAGAAGCAGUUGAUUGCCAAGCUAGGCAGAAGCAAGUUGUCGGAUGAUGAGGGUAGCAACGAACCAUCACCAAGAGUCUUGCCCACUGAUCCUACUGGCCCAAUGGAGGAGGAAAGCCUUGAUAAGAAGAAGACGCAAGAGGAGGAUGACAGAACAACAGAAGAGAGGGAGGCAGACAUCUACUCGCAGAAGGUAUUACAGUGUUCGAUCGAGAACAGAGAGGCUUGUGUCAUGUGCUCAGGUUGA